GGGGCGGCCGUGUUUGCCUUCCUUUCAUGAAGCCAGAGCUUCCUUCCCUUGCGGGCUGUGGUGGACGUUUGGGCAGAGCGGAGAAGACCGAAGCCGCUAGUCGCGAGGGAGCUCCGUGGAGCCGCGGGCGAACAUUAAAAUGGCUUCAUGGGUCAAAGUAAACACAGAUCAAGCACCACCCCCCAUUGCAGAAAAGAGGCAGAAACCCGGAUGGAUUCCUCGUCUUCUUGACAUCAACCCCUACAAAACCUUUCAGAAGAACACAUACCCUCCUCCGGAUGGGUAUUCUAAGGACUAUGAAGAUACUAACAGCUUUGAAGAACUGUUUGGACCGCAAUAUCAGCCAGCUACAGGGAAUGAAGAUAAGUACGAGAGAUAUCAGUAUUCCCAAAAAGAUGAUGACUUCGCUAAGGAUAUUCAUCGGGAGAAGCUGUACAUGCAGUUUUACCAACAGAUAGAAAAAGAGUUCGAUAAAGAUAGACCUUCGGACUGUGUCAUUGUUUCCAUCAGCAAAGAUCAAGCGGAAUAUUCAACAGCCAUAGGCCAUCGGUUGCAGGAUCAUGGCCUUGUGGUGGAAAUGAUAUACCUUACAUCUGAAUCAGGUCUCACACGUGCCCUCCAAGAAGUUAAAAAUGAUGGUUCUCCAUUUUGCGUUCUUGUUGAACCAUCCAAUGUAGCACUUUGCUCUUGCACCGUAAUCAUGCUUCAUCAGUCUAUCAAAAUACACCGUAAUAUGCCCAUGGAGGAUGCAUUGGCUCUGAUAGCUAAAGAGUUUGAGAAAAUUUUUGCGGAGCGCAAACAGCAAGAACGCGCAGAGAUCUCACACAAAGCAGCUGAUCUGGCGGAUGACUACCUAGAACGGGAGCUCUCUGAGAGUUACCAUGUGCCUCUAGGCAUUAGACAUCUCCUCUUUCUGUUAAGUGAGGGCAAACAUUUAUUUCUGGAAGAAUUGAAUUCAAUAAGUGACUACCUGAAGACCAGGAGAAAUAAGCUUGAAGGCUUUGUUGCAGAACCGGUUCCUUUAGCGGCUGCAGUUGAAGAUGCCGUCUUCCCAGCAAAUUCCAGGCCAAGCACGAGCGCUCUUCCGCAGACCCUGAGUAAACCUCCACCUCUCCUUCCAAUGCCUGGCCGAAAUUCGGGGUUGGGCCAGCCUGCGGUUGUACCUUCAGCAAACCCUGCUUUGUUGGGUGAGAGGCCAUUGGGGGGUCUUCUUCCCACACCAGGUCCCAAAGUUAAGCCGCCGCCUCUUCUCCCACAGUCUGCUAAGAGACCAAUCAUCAUGGGUCCUUCGUCACACCUGCCAGCAAAGCGGUCACUGCUUGGAAGACCCGGCCUGCUGCCAACUCCAGCUCAGGCAAGAUCAGCACAGCACCAUUGGGUACCUAAGCCAAAGUUCCUGGCUUGACUGGACUUCCAGAUCAAUAACUCAAUAAACGGCAAACCCUGAUGGAGACUACCCUCUUCCAAGACAGCAGAGCUCGACAGAUGUGUGGUUAUUAGUACACCGGGCAAGUUCAAACACAUAUAAUUUUCUGUUGUACACAUUCCUAAUAACUUUUUUUUUUAAAGUGGAAGAGUGAAAAUAGAUGUUUGUGGUAAGCUCAGUAUUGUAGAUUCCCAAUACUAAUGUUUUAAAUCGGUGUCAUCCCAAAAUAAAUGACCUGUUUACA